UGGCGGGCGACUCCACGGCAAUUGCGGCAGCAUGUUUGGCGACAACGAACAGCACCGCAUCUGCAGUGCGUGCGUCGCCAAGGACGGCAAGCGCAAGGUGCCAACUGCUGACACCGGUGGAAGGGGACAAUCUAAUCGCCCGAAGGUCACGAAUGGGGGGAGUAAGAAGUCUCAGCCUUCUCGUAAGGGGCCUCGUGCGCAGCCGGAUUUGUACGCCAAGCUUGAGAUGCUGAAGCUCAUGGAUGCCAAGGUCACUCAUGAGCAGAAAGCGGACCGCUGCAGAGCAUCAGGGGACCUCUGCAUUGGAGACCGUUUCCCACAAAAAAGCAAGAGGAACAUCUGCACCAGGGAACCUCAACGCCCCCAUCGUUGGAGAACCGCUGCGUAG